AAAGGUAAUGUUUGUUGGUGUAUGCGCGUGUGGAUUGCUCAUAAUUAUAUCAUUGAAUUUAUAACUAUAAAUUCAAUGAUUAUAUCUCCAAUAGCGAUUAUAAAUAAUUAUGUGCAUACAAUGUGAUGUCAAACGAAACAAAAAAUAAAACAAGGUAUGGUUUUGGACAUCGUCUAAAUAUUUUGAGGUGGCUAGCUGAGGUGCAUUUGUCUCAAAGAAUUGCAUAAAAAUUGAAGUGCCACUCUAAAAAUAUCAGAAAGUCAUGUGUGUGGGAGAGAAAGGUAUGGAAAAGCAUUAAAUACCAAGAUUUCUUCUUACCAAAAUACGCGAGGAGGUACCCGUUUCAAGAAACAUCAUGGGAUAUGUAAACUGCCAAUGUCUCAUCAUGUUCAUGUGUUUGCCAAUAUUUGUGGUGAGCCUUCUUCCAUUUAUGAUAGCUGUUUUGGUAUACCAAAGUGUGUUGAUUCUAACUGGUUACGUGAUAUACUGCAAAAUAUUGCAAAACCCAUAUGAUCUCCAUACUACUUCAAAUGUUGCAUCCAGAGCGCAUAGGUUCACAUGGUACCUACAUGGGUGGAUAUGGAAUGGCUAUGAAGUGCAAGGCUUGGAAAACAUACCCGAUUCUGGACCUGCUUUAAUCAUUUUUUAUCACGGAGCAUUACCUGUAGACAUCUACUAUUUAAUAGCGCACCUUUUCUUUCACAAAGACAGGGUGCUACAGGCGGUUGCGGAUUACUUCCUUUUUAAGGUACCAGGUUUGAAGAUUUUAUUGGAAUCCAUAGGUGUAAUACCGGGAUCACAGGAAACUUGCACAAAAACUCUCAAAGACGGAAAUUUGUUGGCCAUAUCCCCCGGAGGUGUUUACGAAUCCCAAUUUAGCCAUCGGUACAAUUUACUCUGGAAAAAUCGAGUGGGUUUCGCGAAGGUUGCCAUUGAUGCCAAAGUGCCAAUAAUUCCUGUAUUCACGGAAAAUCUGCGUGAAGCGUAUAGGACAUUAAGUACGGGAAAAUCAUUGUUUGAAAAGAUCUACAACGCAACUAAAUUUCCAUUUACCCCGAUUUAUGGUGGCUUUCCGGUAAAAUUAAUUACUCAUAUUGGAAAGCCAAUACCGUACGACCCGGAAUUAUCUCCAGAGCAGCUAAAAACAAAGGUGGCAAACGCUAUUGAAGAAUUAAUAGCAAAACAUCAGCGAAGACCUCCGAGCAUUUUGCGAGCUGUGAUGGACAGAAUUCCCGCAUUUAGAGUCGAACACAAAGAUCAUAUAGUCAGUAAGGAAUCAUGAUUAAAAGAUAAAAAGUGGUGCAAUCUUAAUAUACUAUUGGUAAAUUU